AUGUACAGAGAAGACCAUCAACACGUCCGUAUCCAACAGAUAAUACUGGCGGAAUAUCGAACACUGAGUGACAAACAACACGAGAUGGUCUCAUGUCAAGGUUACUCUAUUGUUCGGAUCAAAAAUAAGACUAUUAUGGUAUUCAUAGGGCCCAGAAUACCGGCCAUAAUAGUCUUAUUUUUGAUCCGAGACAAUAGAGAAUCUGAGGAAAAUUAUUUACGUUGCAAUACACCUAAUAAUAUAAUAUUUUUGAGCCCUGCAACGUCGCCACAGAGUGUAGCUUCUAGUAGGUCUGGACCUUUGGAUCGGAAUUCACCAAUCAGCAUGGUGUCUAGCGUAGCCGUUGCGGGACACACAAUUCCAAUCAGAGCAACGCACGCUGCUCUAGUAUGGAAUAGCGUGAAAACGGGAAAGAGUGAAAUUAAGGAAUUCACAAUUCGCAAUACAAGCAAUAACAAGAUCAAAAUUCAGAUAGAUAUGUCGGAUGCGAAAAAGAGUUUUAAGUUUCUCAGCGACAGACAAACUGUCACUACAAGCAUGGUGUUGGCGAUGCAACGUCAAGAGAUCAAAACGCUCGCAGUUGUGUUUAGCCCGUAUCAUAUAGGUCCAGCAGUUGGAAAAAUUACCAUCAAACAUUACGCGACGGACAGCAGCGAUUCUCAGCAACACAAAAAGAUACCUUUGUACGGAUACGGCGGCUGUGGCAAAGUGAAAGUCUCGGACACAUUUAAAGAUGCGGGUGGAAAGAUGUGGUUGUCGCUUGGUACUUUAUCCUCCGAGACUACGGCUUUGACCGCGAACAUCACGUUGCAAAAUGUCGGCGACUUGAGUUCAUUUGCCAAAAUCAAAGUUGUACCAAAAGUUAUAUCUCCGACAAUGGAUUCCAGUUGGCACAUAAGUCAAAAAGAACUGAUACUCAAUCCCAGAGAGAAUCGGCGAGUGGCGAUAGAAUUCUAUCCCAAGAAAGAAGACUUUGCGAUAUUACAGCGUUUGGAAGUCUCACAUGUCGCGACGAUAAACGUCACUUACGGAGAUGAAUCGACCCGCUUGCGGAUACGCAGAUUGUACAAUAAGAUAAAAGAGACAGGUGAAUUGACCGAAAACGAGAAUGAAGCAUUCAAGAAUAUUGUGCAUCCCAUAUGCAAAGCUUUUCCUGGAGAGCAAAUAAUUCCUGGUUUAACAUCAAUUCGUGAUACCAUUCAAAACUUGAGUGAUCUGUGCACCGGGGUUCACCAGUACGAAAUAAUGCUCACAGUGGAAGAGUGCGCGGAUGAUACUUUGCCCGUUCAUUAUGACACUGACGAAUCACAGAUGGAUUACUCCCUUAUGAAUGACACUACUCACAUAGACGAAGCAGCUGGAGCAAGUUUUUUCACUUCUUCGAUGACGGUAGAAUGUGAAGCUCAGUAUUCUGAAUUAGGAGAGGAACAAUUCACCGUGACUCCGUCCACUGUCGUUCUCAAUCCUCCGAUCCGAAAUGAGGCAACUGUGACUGUUCUCGGUUCUUUCAAAGCAGCCCAGCCAUUUCAAACCGGCUGGUCGAAGUUAAAACUGUCGAACUCGAGUUAUUUUAGUGUCGUUCCCGCGAAAGGAAUGCUGCCGAGCAGAAGAGGUUUCCCUUUAAAAGUAAAAUGCUCGCAGAGAAUAAAACGUAACACCCAUGCCGUACUCGAGAUUUAUACGGAGAACAGUAAACAGGAUGUACUGAUUAAUGUUAUUGUAAAACGACAGUGAUCAGAUAUAUUUACAAUA